AUGAUCGUCAGAGCAGCUCGAAUAGCGACGCUCUCGCGCAAACCGUUGCUGUUGCGACCCAAUGCGACGAAUCGGCUGGAAUGCGCGACAACUCGCAAUUCGUCGCCAGUCUUCGCGCAGAAUGUCGGUGCAGGGGCGAGAAGGGUCGCCCGUGUUACCACGCAGACCGCGGGGGCGAUUUCCAGCGCGCUCCGCCUUGCGCCUUCCGCCGACGCAACCCGUGGAGGAAAAGGAGACGACAGCGGGCGGAGCUUAGACGCGCAGAGGUGCAGGGACGGGCAGGCAGAGCAGCGGCGGGGGGAGGGGGGAGCCCGGGCGGAAGAUGAGGGUUGUUUGACUGACGAGAAGGAGGAGGAGGAGGAGGAGGAGGAGGAGGAGGAGGAGGAGGAGGAGGAGGAGGAGGAGGAGGAGGAGGAGGAGGAGGAGGAGGAGGAGGAGGAGGAGGAGGAGGAGGAGGAGGAGGAGGAGGAGGGGCAUCGGCGGAGGGUGCGUUUGGGGAAGGAGCGGCGGCUGGGGCAGCCGUGGAACUCGGGGAUUUCCCCCGCCGACCAGCGCGCGUUCCGCCGCCUGCUGCUCGGCGCAGACGGGGAGCGGGGGAAGGCGGAAUGGCAGCAGCCGUUUCAGCAUCCCUGGCGCCAGAAGCAGCAGCAGCAGCAGCAGCAGCAGAGGAUAGCAGCAGUGACAGUAGCAAUAGUGACUCUGCCCGACACACACGUGCGCGCGCAAGGGGCUGUGGCGGGAGGCGCGUGGGAUUGUGGGGUCCAUGCUGCGGGGGGGGGAGGCGGAGGGGGAGGCGGAGGGGAAGGGGGGGGGGAAGGGGGAGGGGAGGGGGGAGGGGAUGGGGGAGGGGAUGGGGGAGGGGAGAGGGGAGGUGGAACAAGCUCAACGGCUCUUGGGCUUGUUCUAGUGUUUCUGGCUGAGAAUUUCACUCAAAGGGCUUUUCCUUAG